UGCCGCGGUUUUUGUCGCGUGAAAAGAAAUGUCCGAUUUGCUAGGAAAUCUGGGGCGAUUGGCUCCACUGAAAUACGUUUUAAUUCAACAAUAAAGCGUGAAAUGUUAUGCAAUUAUGCUCAGUCAUGCGUAUUAGGUCCUUUAGCAUUUUCAGACAUCCUUGUUAUGUGGAUGUCAUCUUGCACUUGUGCAUGUGCAGUGGUUUUCUGUGUGUUGUUUUGGUGUCAAAAUGAAUGUCAACAAAAGCGAAGUACUAAUAUAGUAGGCCUACACUCACUACAAGGCCUAUAUAAACAGUCACAGUGGAGUGUGUCAGUGAUGCUGUUAUUGGAUGUACUGGUUGGCAGGAACUAUUAACCAACCAGCAUGACAGCAGAUCGCGAAAUUCAUGAACCGUGCCAUGGACGCACAGCACUUGUGUGUACGAGGUAGCAGUAACAAAAACCUCUCGGGAUGGGACUGGGAGAAUAGAUGGUUUGCGAAAACAAAUUGCAGCCAUUUUGAAAAGGCCUUUCAUUUCUAUCUUUACAGAUAUCAGUGUCAUGAACGUAGUUGCCCACUUCUGACUUUAUUCACAUGAUGGCGCUCCUGACAUAAGACCCGCGAUGGAUAAUCUGCCAGAUGAUUCAAGUCAUGGUAUUUCGCACAAAUGUCCCUUAUGUACUUACAUAGCGCCAUCUAAGGGAUGUCUGCAGACUCAUGUUCGAGUACACACAGGAGAACGUCCUUUCCGUUGCCAUGUGUGUGGGAUGAAUUUCACACAAAAUGGAAAUUUAACCCGUCAUAUGCAAGUCCACACUCCACAGAGGAAGUUCAAGUGCUCCUUCUGUGAGUUUGCUAGCAAGAGAAAGGAAACACUGAAGGUUCACCUGUUGCGUCACACCGACCUCUCUUUCAUUUACCAAUGCAAGCUCUGUGCCCAACAGUUCCGUUCCCAUGGUGACCUUAAGCGUCACUAUGAUGGUUUCCAUGGUGACCUGCCAAAACACAGGAAGUUUAAUUUGAUGCGCCAAGGAAAGGUUGUCCGCCAGAUGAGAAGUGACCGAGACAAAGGAGGAUGUGCCAGGAGAGUAAGUCAACGUAGUAACCAUGGUGACAGUGAGAGAGAGCAGGAUGCUGGUGACCUCAACCCUAGAAGGUCAAGGUUGAUCCCUCUACAACCAACAGGUAUUAUGAACAGAGCCACUGAGAAGAAAGCAGGAAUGCGAUACAUCGCCUUGGUGAGUUCUGACGACACCAAGAUGGACAUUGACAUAAAGCGCCCCCAAGAGGAGCCGUACAAUCUCAGCUGUCGUAAGGACGAUAAAGAUGUAGGGAGGAAUCCUGGUGUCAUUGAGAUCAAGCACGAAAAUGAUUCGGACACUGACGAGAUUGCUACUGAGCCGGGUGAAAUCAAGAGAAAACGGAGUAUCAUCACUGUGGAAACUGCACAAGAUCAGGCAAAGGAUUCAAAAGAUACAUCCUCUGUUUUUCCGAAUGCCGAACAAAUUGACGAAGACAGAGGACAUUUGGGUGGUGAAGAAGGUUCCGGUCAAGAGGUCAGUGUCUCAUGGGCCUAUUGUCGAGAGCGCCACCCUUCAGUGAGCACCAGUACUAGCAACGAGGAUGCCGACCACCGCUGGGUUUUCCCUGGGAUGGAAAUCUAUCGCCAUAAUGAACACAAUGUUAACUAUCCUUUGAUAAAAACUGCAUCAUUGGAGGAAAAAGAUGCCAGUCAAACUGAUUCAAAGUUGAAGUGUCACAAGAUUCAGUCUCGGGGGACGUACUGGCCAUCUGGCGGAUCGGCGAAAUCGCCUGGGUCUCGUGGCAACCGUGGGAACAGCCCGGGGUGUAGCAAGAUAGGUUCAGGGAUGGCACUAUGCUUAGACGGGAUGACAAGCCCACCGUAUCAAGACAACCCCGUUGGUAAUCGUAGGCUCAGUGCAAGUUCUGCUGUAUCAAGUUGUGGGUCAUCUGCCUCCCUCCGGCAGCCUCAUGGACUGCUAUCGCCACCUAUGUUAGGAAAUCAACGUUAUCAUAUUUGCGCUACAUGUGAUGUAAUCUUCAUGGAUCAUGUGAUGUAUACUAUACACAUGGGUUGCCAUGGUUUUAGAAAUCCACUUGAAUGUAACAUUUGUGGAUACACUUCAAGAGAUAAAUAUGAGUUUUCAUCACACAUAGUUCGUGGGGAACAUACUGGGCAUUAAUAACAUGACAAAUCGAUAAAGGCUAGUCUUUAAUAAUUCCAAUAUAUAAUAUUUUUGAUAAUUCUAGUAUUAAGGACAACCUCUCUAUUAAGGACACCCUCUCUAUUAAGGACACUAGUUUUGGUCCUGAAUUGUUUGUUUCCAUUCAAUUUGAACUCACUAAUCAGGACACCUCUCUAUUAAGGACAGCACUUGUCAGUCCCGAGCCCGAGGGUGUCCGUAAUAGAGAGGUUCCACUGUAUUUCGAAAUAACAGCAGCUAGGCAAUCACAUUAAUCAUGAUAACAAGUCAAAAUUCACCUGUAAAAAUUGUCUCCACUGACAGAAAUGUCUCUAUUGUUGAAGAUAUUUUCUUUUUAGUAUUUUUUGGGCAUUGUCACAUACAAAAAUAUCGAGGGUCGGAGCAUGUUGAAAACCACUGGUACCAGGAUGAGUAUUGUUAACUGUGCCUACUUGGGGACGUAGUCCCUUCAAAACGAUGCUGAUAGGUACUUAAACGUAUGUGUAGAAAUAUGAGAUACGAAUUAUUGUAAAGCCAGUUGCCCGAAGUGUUUAAAAUUCUAAAACCAUUUAAUUUGUUAGCGUCUAUUUGAUUUGUCUGUUGAACUGAAAAUAAUCUGUUAUUGAUAAAAGGUUUCUUUACAAAACACGCAAAUGUUGAGAUUUUAUUCAGAACAUUUUUUUAAUUUAGAAUUAAAAAAGUUAUUGCAGAUGAUUUGUCUUUUAUUUGGUUAUGAAUGCUGGCAUCUGACAUGUAUAUGGCAUUGCCAGUAAAAACAGUAUUUAGACCUUUAUUUGACUUGGAUCAGUUGUGAGGUAUUUGGGAGAAAUUGUUGAAAUUUUAUGCAGUUAGUAAUCAGUCCAAAGUUGAGAUUUCCUGACAACUAAGCAGUGUUUACAGUUUAAGGAGAGCCCUAUUAACAUUCUUUACAAUGCUAUUACAUUAUACAAUCUAUUCAUCAAAUAGUGCAGGUAUCAAAUGUUCUUCAUUGUCACCUAAUUGUUCUUUAAUGUCUUCUUAUUAUAAAAUAAAACAUCUUUUGAAAUAAAACAUGUUGCUCGGUUAUUUAUCCACAUUUAUCUAUCAUUUCUCAUUACAUGUAGAAUGAUAUGAGCCAAUAUACUUGCAUGUCAU